AGAAAAAAUCAUUAGUGGUGCUGAUGCCAGAUGCGGUGAUCUUUAUCUCCCAAAACCAACACCGGCGAGCACGACCUCCGCACAAUCACAACCACGCACGCACCAACGCCGCCUUCAACCACCCUCCGAUCUCCACUCUGCUCUGACUACGCCUUAAGAUUCCUGCUAACAAGGCUCUGGGAAUGGCAGCAGUUUGCAGUCUUUACAUCAUCAAUAAGUCUGGUGGAUUGAUCUACUAUAAGGAUUAUGGGUCUUCUGGACGCAUGGACACCAAUGAUAGCUUACGGGUGGCUAGCUUAUGGCAUUCAAUGCAUGCCAUCUCUCAGCAAUUAUCACCUGUUUCUGGCUGUUCAGGAAUUGAAUUACUCCAAGCUGACACAUUUGAUCUUCAUUGCUUCCAAUCACUGACAGGAACAAAGUUUUUUGUGGUCUGUGAACCUGGGACUCAACAAAUGGAAAGUUUAUUGAAAUUCGUUUAUGAAUUGUACACGGAUUAUGUUUUGAAGAACCCCUUCUAUGAGAUGGAGAUGCCUAUACGAUGUGAGCUCUUUGAUAUCAACUUAGCUCAGGCAGUACUAAAGGACCGUGUUGCAUUGUUGGGUCGAUAAAUCACUGGAUCUGGCAAGUGUUGUUUACCAAAAAUUGUUAUAGACUUUCUUGUAUGAGGUGCCACUCUCUUUUGUUGCUUAUAAUACAAAUUUUAAGAUGCCAAUUUCUGAGACUGGCCAUUUCCUACCAUUUUUUUCAGUACAGACGGGAUAUGUAUUUAUGUAGAUCAUCAUUCACUGCUAUUAACUUGGUCAUAUUCUUCUGUUCUGUACAAAAUUAAUCAUACAUCUAGCAGAUAACAUGUAGUUUUGGACUUGCAUA